AGUGGAAGGAAGCCUGUCCGUCAUGAACAUUUGAACGGCAAAGCUCCCCCUCACACCCCCAACCCACGUGCACAGCUCUGGAGUAGUCCAUGGAAGUGAAACUAGGGAGCAGAGAAAAACCAGACUUCGGCAGUAGUGCUAAAUUUCAGAGGUUUUGUUCACCCGAGAUUCCAGGCGCGGGGAUUGCUGGUAGCUGGCCAAGGAGCUUGGAUGGCAGCCUACCCGUUCCUCAGCUCCGCUCAGCUUGCUCCCUAUCCCCCGCCUUUCUUUUUUUAAUUGCAUAAUAUGCUAGAAAAUGAUCUGGAUUUGGGACUUAUUUUUAACCAGAAGAGGCUCACUUCACCCAAUCUGAUUUUGGAUUUAACAUCCAGCAAAUGCUUUCUGAAGCUCUUUUGUUUUUGCAUUGAAACCUUGACUUCUUUUGCCCCCUCUCCCGCUUCACAAGGGCUCUUUGCUUUUAAAUGUUUGUCUUGGGGAUGUUUGCCAGUCUUUAGCUACGUUGUCUGUCUGCAGGACCGGUGUGUGGCGAUCAAACUGGUGUUAGACCUGCCUGGUGCAGUCAUUUUGCAGGCACGGAUCCCACUGGGGAACCGGGAAUUGUACUCAAAUGAGGAAGGCGAGUUUUGUCUUCUAGAUGAUAGAUAUAUGUUGGGGAAAGGAGGAAAGCGGAAGUUUGACGAGCAUGAAGAUGGGUUGGAAGGCAAAGUGGUGUCUCCUACUGACGGUCCCUCUAAGGUGUCUUACACCUUACAGCGUCAGACUAUCUUCAACAUUUCCCUUAUGAAACUUUAUAACCACAGGCCAUUAACCGAGCCGAGCUUGCAAAAGACAGUUUUAAUUAACAACAUGCUGAGGCGAAUCCAGGAAGAACUCAAACAAGAAGGCAGCUUGAGGCCCGUGUUCGUGACCGCUUCGCAGCCCACCGACCCGCUCGGCGACAACUUCCGCGAGGCUCAGCCGGCGUUCAGCCAUCUCGCCUCCCAGCCCCUUCUCCCCACCGACUUGGUAAGCACUACGCCCCUGGAGUCCUGCCUCACCCCAGCCUCUUUGCUCGAGGACGACACUUUUUGCACUUCCCCGACCGUCCAGCACGACGGUCCGACAAAACCACCACCUCCUGCUCUCCAACCAGUAAAGGACAGCUUCUCCUCAGCCUUGGACGAAAUCGAGGAGCUUUGUCCAGCACCUACCUCCGCAGAGGCAGUAGCAGCAGCCGAAACAGCAGCCCAUGACUCUAAAGACCACCCCAGCGAGUCCAACGUUCAAAAGCCCGAGGGCCUCCCGGAGGGCAGAACGGCCGAAUCGAAACUCAUGGACUCGCUGCCCAGCAACUUUGAGAUAACGACUUCCACAGGUUUCCUCACAGACUUGACCCUGGAUGAUAUUCUCUUCGCUGACAUUGAUACGUCCAUGUAUGAUUUUGACCCCUGCACGUCUGCCACGGGGGCUGCCUCAAAAAUGGCUCCCGUCUCAGCGGAUGAGCUCCUAAAAACUCUGGCUCCCUACAGCAGUCAACCAGUAACUCCAAAUCAGCCUUUCAAAAUGGACCUCACAGAACUGGAUCACAUCAUGGAGGUGCUUGUUGGGUCUUAAAAAUAUAGAAAUAUAGCAACUUUUUUUUUUUUUUAAUUAUUUUAAGUACCAGUAUAUACACUUGGUAGUAUUUCCAUAGUCCCUCCCACCCCCCCGAUUCACAGCACUGUGCAUGCGUCCUUGCUUGCCUUUUUUGAAAAGAAAAGGAUCACACUAGUUUUUGCUUCGAGCAGAGUUGGAGUGCCUUCAUCCAUGUAUGACCACUUCUAAUGUAUUUUUUUUAAAAGUGGUUCCUCACGGAAGACCGAAUAUCCUGGGAUAGGAAAGAAUAUGUAUUGUAGACAAUGUUAUGUUAUUACAAAAAAAAGAAAAGGAGAAAAAAAAAAAAGAAGAAAAAAAAUUGUAAAAGCUAAGCACAAGGAUUAUGUUGGGGAAAGCUGUAAAUUGCAUGUGCAUAUUUGUCUAUUUUUUCUAUAAGUUUUAUUGCAAGAGGUAAAAAAAUUUUAUUAUUUAGAUAAUCUCAAUACCAUUUUAGCCCUGUAUAGGUUGACUUAGCGAUUCAGCCUUUUGGAGGCAUUAACCUGCUCCUCUUUAAGUGUUGCAUUUACAUGGCUGUUUAGAAACUGCUGCCCAAAUUUAUUUUAUAUUUUUGUACAGAUUCUGCAGUUUAUGAUAUUGUUUUUUCUAAAAACAAAUGCUGUUUAUACACACAAAAAAAAAAUAGCUAUUUUGAUAGGAUUUGCUCACAUAGUUCCUGCAUAAUUCAGAUGUACAAGAACCACUUGUACUUUUAUACAGAGUUGUAAUGUUUUAUAUGUGUAUGGUGCAAAGAGAAAAUUGGAUCAAAUAAGCCUGCAGUCGGUUUCCCUGAAUGCAAACAAACAAACAAACAAAAAAGUGCAUUAAGAAAGGGCUGGGAGCUGCUUUUGUAGGAGUUUCACAAGUGUUUGCUCCCUGCUGUACCCACUGCGCACUACUGUGAUUCCUGAAACUCAGAGCCAUGUCCUUUUUCCAACACGUAUGUGAAGCAGUUGGCAGGAAACAGUUGUGGAACUUCACCCCGAGAGGUCCCGAGCACCACCACGGCCGCAGCCUCCCCGUCCUGGCACCGGUGUCCCCGAGCUCGCCCGCGUCCCCUGGCCGGGGCGUCGAUCGCGCCUGACGGCAGCCCAUCGGCAUUUCCUCACCUGAAGCUCCUGGGAACGGUUUUGGCGGGGGGCGGGGGGGAACGUGCCUGUUGCCCACCGAGAGCCAACCUCUCGCAGCGAUCUUCCUGCAGACCGACGGGCAGAAGACCGGCGUCCGCGGCGUCCACUCGCCCUUUCUUGGAGCAUUUCUCCUUCCCCUCGCCCCGCCUCACUGUGCUAAGUGCUGAAAAAGGCAACUUCAGUAUUACUGCAGCGAAGCUCAUCUCCGACCUGCACUGGAGGGACUGGUGUUCACAUCCAUUGCUGUUGAAACUGGAGCCAGUCGUGUCCCAGCACUUGGCAUCUCCUGUCGGGUUGGUUUCUUGUAUCAACUGCGUUACCUGCUUUACACUUUAUAGACCCGUUUUACAACGAAUAUACAGACACAGCUUUCUAUGCAUGGUCCCGUUCCCCGUGACACCCGAGAAGUCUUCUCAUUACUGCACCAAUAGCAUUUUUAUUUUUUUUUUUUAGUUCAUCGUGGUGUACAUUUAAUUUAAAACAACAACAAAAAAAUACGUUUGCAAUGUUUCAUGCCUAUUGCUGAAGUUGCUACGGCAUUUUAGGUUUUUUUCAAUGGUACUUUAGCUGUUGAGCGCCGGUUACAACCUAUAUUGUUGACAUGCCUAUGGCUUCUUUAGGAAUAACUUUUAUAUUUAUUUAAGAAAUUUUAAAUUAUAUUUUACGUCAUUUGGCAAUAUUCAGUCCAUUCUGCUCCCUUCUUGUCAUGGAUGAAAUUGGGUCUUGUCUGCCUUUUAAGGAGGCGGCUUUUUAUAAAUUGGCACUUUAAACCAGGCCAUAUCUAUUUAUUAGUGUAUAGCUAGAUAGACGUGAUACAGAUAUGCACACAGACACAGUAUAAACGCGGAUACGUUUUGCAAUGAAGGAAUUCCUAAUCAAAAUGAAACGCGUCACGUACGAUUCCGAAACGCGCUUCUGGCUCCUAAUUCAUGGGUGGAGGUGAGGGGGGGGGGGUGGGGGUGGGGGAACGACACACGACCGGCUGAGGGGGUGGGUUUUGCUUUCUUCUAGUUUUCCAAGCUCAGCUCAGUGAAGCAAGGGGCUGCUGAGGGAUUCCCAGCUGUUUCCUUACACGGGCUUAAAAAAAGAAAAAGAAAAAAGGAGAAAACGUUAAUUAUUGCUUCAAACAGAAAACCAUUGACCAAGUGUAGCUUUAGGGACCAUCGGGAGUGGGGAAGGAGGGGGGGACACGGCUCCGUCGCACACCUGGCAGCGACGGGACCUUGCUCAGCUGCAGACCUCGGCCCCUGCAGGGAAACCAACAGCCCCGCCGGAUUCUGCACCUCUUGUAACUGGAGUAACUGGGAAAAACGUUAGCCAUGCGAGGGUUGUGUCUGCAGGACGCUGUAGGCAGUUUCACAGGGUAACGCGGUGAGCACUUGCUUUACCAUGGUUAAAAACUGAUUUACAGUAUGCUGGAGCUGCCCCUUUUUUUUGUGUGGGGGGGAAGUUAUUAUGCAUUUAAGCAAGUCCCGAAUGCCAGGCAGAAGUUCCCAUCCGUGCCAUUUUUGGAGAGCUGUGCUAAGUGGGGUUAGUCGGCGUUUCUGUAUCGGCAGCAGAGGAGACGAGCUCUAAAUCCACUUUCCCACUGGGAGGACAACGUCUGUGUAUCCUUGGUGCUGACGCGCGCAUCCUUACGGCAGUCCCAGAGGACACGAACCGUACCUGACUUACGGGGCUAGGGAGAAGGUAGCCAGGCUGGUGCCGGUCUGUAGGAGGGCAGGGCUCCCGCUGUGGCUUCCUCCCUGCACGGGCACGUGCUGUCUCUGGCGUGGUGGCCUUUGCCAUGGUCCCAACAGCAGCCACGGCUGGAACGUCUCGUGAGACCUACACCAGGGAUGGAGAAGCGACAUUAAUGUGCAAUGAAGUGACAAGAUGGGAGCAGAAUAAAAGAGCUUUGGAUUUGAAGUGAUUUUUUUUUUUGUUUUUCAUAAAUUAUUUAUUCUUUUUUUUUUUUCCUUCUGUAAAUAUAUUUAUUUUAUUGUGAAGCUAACAACAUCUGGAUUGUAACAUGUACAGAAUGUAUGGUAGGAAUGUAUUCUCUUGUAGGAAUGUAAAUCUGUAUGAAAAAAAAAAAAAAAGGGUAUGGGAGCCAGAUUCAGAGCAGAUGAAUUGAGUUCCAGUCAGGAUAUGCAUGGUUCACACGACUUCCCCUCUCCCCUCCCGCCUCUUUUUCUAAUAUGGGUCUGGUUGUUUGAAAUAUGCAAAAAAAAGGUAUGGAUGAGGGACAGUUUGAUGUGCAAAAAUUAGUCCUAAGUCAGGCUCCUACCCUGCCAGCCUCUCAAGACGGGCCUCCUCCGGCACGCUGCUGGAAUCUGCAACGGGAGCCAGGAGCCAAUGCAAUCACCUCCAUCCGGCUGGGCUGGCAAAAACAUUUGAAAAAAGAUUUAUUUCUUUUUUUUUUUUUUUUAAAUUAUUUAACACGCACGGGAAGCCCAGCUGAAGUCCGUGGGGCUGGAGGGCUGAAUAAGGUGGCAGGAUGUGCCCUCCAGCCCCAGGAGCUGUGACAGAGCUGGCACCACCAGGAGAUAAGGCUGGACAAGAAGCCACCACCCCACUCGGCACUUGCGGCAGAGGGUUUCCUUGCUCAAGGUUGAACUACCCCCGUCCCACCAGCCCGUCCUUAGCCACCGCAGGUCCCCUCCAGGGCCCGAGGGGACGGCGCAGCUCUGUAUGCAAGGGAUGGGGACCUUCCCUCUUCAGGAGAACGUCAUCGAGCAGCGUCAUCCACUGACACGUCAACCUGGCACCUUCCAGCCUGACAGCAAAGCCACCGUCUGCAGCAAUUAACUGUAAGAAUAAAUUGGGACCUUGCGAAAGGUAAUUUGGUUUUUCCUCAAUGCAGUGUGGUCGUUGCCCGUGGGUUGUUUAAAAACCAAUGUUUUGAAUCCAAAGUUUACACUUUUAUCACCAUUAAAUUGAGUAAAUUCGUAAUGGGUCCUGUCUGACAAACGGUUUGAUUCACUCCGGCAUAUUGUGAACGUCUUUUACAGGGUUUCUUUUGGUUUUGGGUGGGUUUUUUUGCCCCCCUCCUCCCCAAUCAGGUUUCAGUACCCCGCUUUUGUGCAAGUUGCUUUCAGUGCUUCUAUUAAUUCUUGACACUGAACAUUUUGAAAGAAAUUAGUUCUUUUUUAAGCACUUUUUCUUUUCCUAAAAAUAAGCCUAAUGCAAGUUCUGGAACCUCUUUAACAACCCCCAAAUUGCAGCUAAAACUCCCACCCUCGACUCCUCUCUAGUUCUGAGCGUAAUCCAUACUAGCGCCUGUAAAGGCCAAGAUUCUGGAAAAAGGUGUAAAUAGUGUGACAUGUUCAGUGCAUGGUUGUUUGAACAGGGCCUGUUAUUGUCAACAAAAAAAAAAAAAAAAGGAAAAAAAAAAAGGAAAAAAAAAAAAGAAAAAAAGGCUGUAUUUCCCCUUCCCCUCCCACAGACCUUAGAGCUGUGCCUUUUCUAUGCAAUAUUACAGACAUAUACAUCUGAAACCAGAUUACUGUAUUCACAUGUAGGUAUGGGCUGUAAUCAAAAACCAAUUGGACAAAUGUACAUGGAAAUGAGCAGUCUUACUUUUGUAGUUUUAUAUUAUACAAUAAACAA